CAUCUCCAUUACCACCCGCAUCUCCAGCUUUUCUAUGUGGAAAAGCCCAAGGGGCUGGAGGGGGUGCGAACUAGUGCGCAAGGGAUGAAAUACCCUUCGGGUUUAGGUCGGGCACCAGCACGAGGCACAACACUCGUAUUUAAAGUUUUCUUUAUGUCGAGGGCAUUACAAACAUCAGGAUUUACCAUCAUCCAUCAUUUUUCCGGGGGAUUAGAAUUUCUAAUUUCAGUUCUCAUAGACUUUUCCUAUUUAUCCGACACUUAUUACGCGGAUUAUGCAUACAAUUGCAUAAUUUUAUAUGACUAUGUGCACGAGGGGAGGGGGCAUUUUCAACGUAUUAAUUUGCAUGGAGGGGAAGUCUCAGGGCUUAUUAAAUGAAAAUUACUGGGGACUAAUUCUCAUUUGCCUCGGCUCAUUAUCCCUCUGGAACUUUUAUGAAAAAGUCUUUUUUUUUUGUUCGUCGAUGGUUGGGCGAGAUAAUUAAACUCUUUAUGAGAGAAUCUUCAGGUCGGGGGUUGUAUCUUUUUAUUUUCAUGUGCUGGUUGUGUAAUUCUUCGGUGACUUGGAAAUCAAUGAUCGGGGGAUUCCACUGGAGGAAAUCACCAUGAGGAAAAUUAUGAUAUUUUUCCUAGUUUGCAGCUGUUCCACCGUCAAUCCCCGGGUAUUAAUUUUUCCUUGACGCGAAUUACCCGACGAAUUUCCGCGUGCACACGUCACCGUAGCUCAUUCGCUAAUCACUAUUCCUAGAAGUUGAAAAUGGGUAGCAGAAGUAGAAAUUUAUUUAAAUUCUCUAUUGAUAAGGGAGACUAUCGUUGGAAAAAAGAAUUUCGAUAUGAGAGGCACUCCACAAAAUUUCAGAAAGCAACUUAUUGAUCUUUAUCACUGAAUUCAAAGACAUCGUUUGGAGAUGCGAAUUGAAUUCAUCUCAUGACUUAUUAUUCUCUGAAUGGCAUGUCUCAGGAAACCUAGCUCCCAAUAAUCUCGGCAAAGACACGAACCCCUCACGUGUCAUCACAAAUCCGAUUAGAAUGAAAACGACUCUCGCAAUUCCCUCAUUGAUAAUUUCCCGCGAACGAUAACCGGAAAAAAUAGUGAUCGAAUAAAUUUCAUCAUUAAUUGCUCCCAGAAAGAAGAUAAAAACAGGAAAACCUUGAGAGUAUUGGUGGUUACAUCAAUACCUCUGAAAUCAUAUGAUACUAUUAAUUCAUUCGGCGUUGAAUACAUUCUCAGAAGUGAUGAGUGCAUGUAGUUAUCUCAUUAAAGGAGAAGUGCAUUUGCUGCACGUGGAUAUAACAGCAGUCAGUCAACAAAACUCGGGGGACAGAUGGAUUUUUUCAUUUGGCUGUCUCCAACGAUUUAACUGUGUGACUAGUGGCAAUCGUUGCGGGAAGAAAUAUUUAUUGUGAUUAAAUUGCCGGAUGAAUCUGAAACCGUUGGAAGACCUUGAUUUUAAUUAUGGAAAUUUGUGAGACCUGGUGAUAUAUGUCAUGUGUUAUCAGGCAAUAGGUGAGCGAUUGCGAGUGAGAAACGAGAAACACUACUGUAUAUUUGGGGAAAAACUGUCGAUACUGCACAGUCGGCGCUGAACAUUCUCUCUCAUAACAAGGGAAUGGUAUUAGACACGAUUUUUUUUAUAAAUAAUUGAGUGAAUUUAUUGUGAGAUGACGACAGCUGUCGAGAAAACAUUCUGGCCUCAGUGGCUUGCUGGAUUCACUGUUUCUCUGGCUGUCUUGACUGCUAGUCUUGCCAAUGGCUGGGCUUCACCUUUUCUCGCUAAACUCACUUCCGAUGAUGUCGAUACGUCAUUCAAAAUCACUCCUGAUGAAGGCUCUUGGGUCGCCUCUUUACUCAGCCUUGGGAGGGUCUUCGGGGCUGUAGCGGGGGCUAUUUGCCAGGGGACAAUAGGCCGGAAAAAAACGAUGCUAGUGGGUGCCUUGCCGUUGACGUUCGGCUGGGUGUGCAUGAUCUUUGCUAAAUCAGUGGAAUACCUGUAUGUGGCGAGAUUCUGCAACGGCAUGGGUUCCGGGAUGAUCUGGGGUGCCCUGUCAUUGUACAUGGGAGAAAUAGCCGAUCCAUCCAUUCGGGGGUCCCUAAUAUUCCUGAAUCUGAACGCAUCGUCGAUGGGUUCACUCCUGGGUAACGCGAUAGGUCCGUUCCUGGGCCUUGAGGAAUACGGUUACGUGGCAGUGAGCCUAGCAGCUGCAUUCAUAAUAUUCUUCUCAUGGAUACCAGAGUCCCCGUACCACUACGUCCUCCAGGGGGACCUAAAGAGGGCCGAAGCCUCAUUACUCUGGUACAAGAGGCACGCCGAUGCCCCCAAGGAGAUAGCCGAGCUCAAGGAGUUCAUGGGUAACACGAAUAACGAUAGUGAGAGUUUUCGUAACAAGAUCAAAGUGUUUUGCAAGCCGAACAAUGCCAAAAAUAUGGCAAUAGUGACAAUGCUCAAUCUUUUCCUGUACUGCGGUGGUCACAACGUCAUCAGCUCGUAUUCCGAGAUAAUUGUGAGGAAGAGUGACAUAAGAAUAGCACCGAGUAUCGUGGUGAUGGCUCUGGGUGUGAUUAUGGUGAUUGCUGGAGGUGUUGCGAUGGUAUUCGUAGACAAGUGUGGAAGACGUCCUCUGUUGAUUUAUUCGAGCUUCGGGGUAUGUGCCUCGAUGGUGAUGCUGGGGAUUCACUUCAAUCUUCUAGCAUGGCAGGUUGAUCCUCAUGCUAUCGAUUGGCUACCCAUUGUUGCUCUUGUUUUGUACAAUUUUGCUCUUCCCUGUGGUAUGCUAUCCAUGCCCAACACUCUACUUGGCGAGCUAUUCCCUCCGACCCUCAAAACCAUCGCCUCUUUGACGUUCACCUGCACCGCAGCUUUCAUAUCCUUCUGCGCCAUCAGGGCGUUCCAACCCGUUCUCGAUCUCGUUGGGGAGAGGGCCAUUUUUUUUAUGAUCGCCUCGGCUGCACUGUGCGUUGCACCAUUCACUUAUUUUCUCGUUCCUGAGACCAAGGGGAAGACACUCAUUGAGAUUCAGGAGAAUAUGGGGAGGAAGAAGGAGGAUAUCGUCACGAGACUCUAGACAUUUCCCAUUUAUCGAUUUUUUUUCACUCUCGAACUUGUCGUUUUGCGAAUAUUUAUAGGAGAAAUUAAAAAAUUAGUCAUUUUAAUGAAUGAAGAAAUGAUUGGACAUUGAGAAUCUGUUCAUAUUGCAAAUCAUAUUAUUUUAUUAUUAUUAUUUUUUAAUAGUGUAUGCUCGUUAUGUUUAAACAUUAAAAACCCAUCGUGUUCAUGACUCAUUCACGCGUAAUGCGUGUGAUAAUGAUAAGUGAUAAGCUGUUUGUUAUCAAUGUGUAUAAUAAAGAUUUUGAUGAUUUAA